AUGAAAGGAGCGACCCUCGUUGCUCUCGCCGCCACAAUCGGCAAUUUCUUGCAAGGAUGGGACAAUGCAACCAUUGCUGGAGCUAUGGUUUACAUCAACAAAGACAUGAAUCUAGCGACCUCAGUGCAAGGUCUAGUGGUGGCAAUGUCACUGAUCGGUGCAACAGUCAUCACGACUUGCUCAGGACCGAUCUCUGACUGGCUCGGGAGACGCCCCAUGCUGAUUCUAUCAUCGGUCAUGUAUUUCCUCAGCGGUUUGAUAAUGCUUUGGUCACCGAAUGUCUAUGUUCUCUGCUUAGCUAGGCUUCUUGAUGGUUUCGGCGCCGGUCUUGCGGUCACGCUCGUCCCUGUUUACAUCUCCGAGACCGCUCCUCCAGAGAUCAGAGGACAGCUGAACACUCUCCCUCAGUUUCUUGGCUCUGGUGGGAUGUUCUUGUCUUACUGUAUGGUUUUCGCCAUGUCCUUAAGCGAUGCUCCUAGCUGGAGAGGCAUGCUCGGUGUCCUCUCGAUACCUUCUCUCGUUUACUUGUUCUUCACCGUGUUUUAUCUCCCCGAGUCUCCUCGUUGGUUGGUUAGUAAAGGAAGAAUGGAGGAAGCCAAGAAGGUUCUUCAACAGUUAUGUGGCAGAGAAGAUGUUACAGAUGAGAUGGCUUUGCUUGUUGAAGGACUAGACAUUGGAGGAGAGAAGACAGUAGAGGAUCUCUUUGUGGCUUUAGAGGAUCAUGACAACCUCGAAACCGUUGACGAGGAUGGACAGAUGCGUCUUUACGGAACACACGAGAACCAAUCCUACAUUGCAAGACCUGUCCCGGAACAGCAAAGUCAGAGCUUGCUAGGUCUACGCUCUCGCCAUGGAAGCUUAGCGAACCAGAGCAUGCUCCUCAAAGAUCCACUCGUUGGUCUGUUCGACAGUCUCCACGAGAAGAUGCCUGAAGCUGGCGGAGACUCCAAGAGCGGGAUCUUCCCUCGUUUCGGAAGCAUGCUCAGCAACGCCGGCGAUGGCAAACCAGCUCACUGGGAGAAAGAUGUGGAGAGCCAGUUCAACAAAGACCAUGACGACUACGCGACUGACGAUGGUGCUGGCGAUGAUGACUCGGACAACGACCUGCGUAGUCCGUUGAUGUCACGCCAGACCACGAGCAUGGACAAGGACAUGAUUCCUCAUCCUACAAGCGGAAGCACGCUGAGCAUGAGACGGCACAGCACGCUCAUGCAAGGUGGGAACGGAGAGAGCAGCAUGGGGAUUGGUGGUGGUUGGCACAUGGGGUACAGAUACGACAAUGGUGAGUACAAAAGGUAUUACCUUAAGGAAGACGGCUCUGAGUCUCGCCGUGGCUCCAUCAUUUCUCUUCCCGGUGGUCAUGAAGCUGGAGGCAGCUACAUUCACGCUUCGGCUCUGGUGAGCAGAUCCGUUCUUGGUCCUAAAUCGAUGCAUGGAUCCGCCAUGGUUCCACCGGAGAAGACCGCUUCCGCUGGACCGCUCUGGUCUGCUCUUCUUGAGCCUGGUGUCAAGCGUGCGUUGGUUGUUGGUGUUGGCAUUCAGAUACUUCAGCAGUUCUCUGGUAUCAAUGGAGUUCUCUACUACACUCCUCAGAUUCUUGAACGUGCUGGAGUAGACAUUCUUCUUUCGAGCUUCGGGCUAAGUUCGAUCUCGGCGUCGUUCCUGAUCAGUGGAUUAACAACGUUACUCAUGCUUCCAGCGAUUGUUGUUGCCAUGAGGCUCAUGGAUGUCUCUGGAAGAAGGGCAUUGCUUCUCUGGACGAUCCCUGUUCUCAUCGUCUCGCUUGUGGCUCUCGUCAUCAGCGAGCUUGUCCACAUCAGCAAAGUCGUGAACGCGGCGCUGUCCACGACAUGUGUUGUGCUCUACUUCUGCUUCUUCGUGAUGGGCUACGGUCCGAUUCCAAACAUCCUCUGUUCUGAGAUCUUCCCAACAAGAGUCCGUGGUCUCUGCAUCGCCAUUUGCGCCAUGGUUUUCUGGAUUGGAGACAUCAUUGUCACCUACUCGCUCCCCGUACUCCUCAGCUCCAUCGGACUCGUUGGUGUUUUCAGCAUUUACGCAGCGGUUUGUAUUAUCUCAUGGAUCUUCGUUUACAUGAAAGUCCCUGAGACUAAAGGCAUGCCGUUGGAGGUUAUCACUGACUACUUUGCCUUUGGAGCUCAAGGUCAAGCUGAAGCUCCUUCUAAGGAUAUAUAG